AAAUGACCCUGUCCAGAAGGCUGAAGAGUUACCCAGCAGCCAUGCCUCUGACUGCUGUCCUUGGCUGUAUGUAGCUGAGGUCGUGCUGCCCAAGUUGGGCAGAGUGUGUUGCUACUAAAAAGGCAGAAAAGGUGGCCUUCUGGCUUCUCAUCCUAGGAUCCCUGUCCUGCCCAUCUAUCUACAAGAAGACCUACAAGAUGAUACAAAUGAUUUCAGUAGGCCCUAGGAGGAAAGAUACUCAGUGCCGGGCAUUUGUGAAGAAAAUCGUAACAGGUCAGCUUUUUAAGGUACUUAUGAUUAGCACCGUCUCAUAUAAUGCCUUUCUUAUGGCCUUGUGGACCGAUCAUAAGAUAAGAAGCCGCCUAUUCAGAGUUUUUGAGUUGUCGGAGAUCGUCUUUGUAGGCAUCUACAGUGCUGAGUUUUACCUGAAACUCUAUGUAGACCCCAUCGACUACUGGAAGAAUGGCUACAACUUGUUGGACAUGUUCAUUAUUAUUAUUCUGUCCAUCCCCUAUGCCAUCCGCAAGAUCGAGGGCCCACACCACCCCUACCUGCACUUUGCUGAUGGCAUACAGUCCCUGCGCAUCCUCAAGCUUAUCCCUUAUAGCCGGGGCAUCCGGACACUCAUCACUGCCUUGGGGCAGACAGUCUACACUGUGGCCUCCGUGCUCACCCUGCUCUUCAUCCUGAUGUACAUCUUCGCUGUUUUGGGCUUCUGCCUGUUUGGAGUUCCAGAUAACGGUGACCAGACAAACUGGGGGAAUCUGGCUGUAGCUUUCUUCACCCUCUUCAGUUUAGCCACGGUUGAUGGCUGGACAGACCUGCAGGAGCAGUUGGACAACCGGAAUUUUGUUUUGAGCCGGGCAUUCACCAUCCUCUUCAUCUUGCUUGCCACUUUCAUUUUCCUUAACAUGUUUGUGGGCGUGAUGAUCAUACACACUGAGGACUCCAUUAAGAGGUUUGAACGAGAGCUGAUGUUGGAGAGGCAUGUGACACUCAUGGAAGAGAAGCAGGUGAUUCUGAAGCGACAGCAGGAGGAGGUUAGCAGGCUGAUGCAGACACAGAAAGAUUAUGACCACGCAAGUUUCAGUGAACUGGUGGAGAACUUUAAGAGAACCCUGCAGCACACCGACCCCAUGGUCUUGGAUGAUUUUAGCACUAGCCUACCCUUCAUUGAUGUCUACUUCUCCACUCUGGACAACCAGGAUGCUACUAUCUACAAGCUUCAAGAGCUAUACUAUGAGAUUGUGCACGUGCUGGGCCUGAUGCUGGAAGACUUGCCCCAGAGGAAGCAAGACGAGAACUGGGAAGACAAUGAUGAUGAAUAUUAGCUAGGGUUUGUGCAGUGCGGCACUGGGAAAACGAUGGCAAACCAGGACUGGAGAGCUGGAAGGAGAGAGGAGUUUUCUUGCUUUCUUGGCCAGCUCCUGUGGUGGAGAAUCAGGGUAAUGGGCAAAAUAGAGAGACCGUUAGAAGACCAGCAAGGCUGGGUUAAUCUACACCACAAAGAGCCUGAGCAAGGGAGGGAAGAAGGAAGUAAAAGUUGAGGGGACUUCUGGACAGUGGCCCUGCCAGCUGGCAUGUCAGCCCUGGGGAGGUUUGAGGGUUAAGAAUGGGAUCUCCAUUGAUGUUCUCUGGGAGAGGCAAAUAAUGAUUGGAAUUAUCUUAAAAUUACUCUUGGUUGCUGUACUGUACC